AUGCCCAAUUCUCCCCCUUCUCCCGCGAAAAGACGCAAAACUAGCUCUGAAAACUCCCAAUCUAUCCGAAAACUUGAACAGCAAAUUACCGAUAUCAUCAACCGAAAUAGUUCCCUCAACUCACUCGUCGACCUUCUUGACCUUACUACGGCGACAUUCACCGCGGAAAAAUGCUCAAAAUCGAUAUACGCGCUCUACAGGUCCUUUGUUAUGAUUAUCCGAAGGGGAAAGUUUGUCAUAGCGAAUGAAGAGAAUGAGAAAAUUGUAAAGACGUGGUUACAGGAGCAGAUGAAUGAGUAUGUGGACGUCCUGGCUGGGUUGCUGAAGGAUGAAGAGAAGGUGUCGAAGUCGAUCUGGACGUUUUGGACGUGUUCCACGAUAUAUGGCUUAGCGUUCACGACGAUAUCAGGUGGUUCUUUCUGCGAGAAGCUGGUCACUGUCAAAGAACACCCAUACGCGUCUCAGAACCUGUUGUCCUUCCUGGAGAAACUCACGACGUUCCCUACCGAGCCGAGUGAGCUGAACGCGUGGUGGGUGGAAGAAAUGGGGAAGGCACCUCCAAAGACGAAACGGCAGAAGAAUGCAGGUACUGAAUCAGAAGAAGAAGAGGACGAAGCUCUUGCCGAGGACGACGAAGAUGGUUGGAGAAAGUUCUUUGAUGAGCCAGACAAAGAUAAGGAUAAGGACCCCCAAGCCAAAUCGAAAACGAAAUCGGAAGGAAGAGUUCACGCUGACUAUCCACAAUCUCUUCAUUCCUUACCAUCCCAUUCACGCGUGCAUGGCUGGCUCUACUCCCCAAGUUGUCCAUACCGGACGAUCCGGAAGGGACGAAAUGUUUGGUUCUACAACAUGCUCAAAAGACAUCCUGCAUUAAUGCCUAUGAUUCAUCGGGACGGAACGUUGGGGAACGACCAGUUCAACGCAUCAGAAACCAACCCAUUCAUAACGAAGGCCAUCGAAAGCUCACUAUGGGAGAUUCAAACCCAUAACUCGCACUAUCAUCCUUCCGUAUCCACACUUGCCAAGAUAUUUUCGGAGGCGUUUACGAAACAAAAGUAUGGGAUCGAGGAUCUUCUGCAUCAUAGGUAUUCUACUCUGUUCGAGACAGAAGUGAAUAGAAAGAUAAAAAAGGAGCCUGCGUUGGCUAUGGAACAGGACGUGGAGGAGCAGACUCGUGCGGGGUUGUUCGGUAAUGAAACUGUGGAGGGUGGAGGCCUUACCGGCGGCCUUUGGACGUUUUGA